AUGGAGCCCCUGGGGCUUCUCACCACCGGCGCCUCCUUCGUCGCCUUCCGAGGGCUGCACUGGGGGCUUCAGCUGCUGCCCACGCCAAAAUCUGCUGCUCGGGACCCUUGGAAGUGGCGCAACAUCUGUGUCUCGCUGGUGCACAGCCUGCUCACCGGGGCCGGGGCGCUGCUCGGGCUGUCACUCUACCCUCGGAUGAUUGCCGACCCGAUUCGUGGCCACCCGCCUGGGGCCCUGGUGCUGGUGGCUGUAUCUGUAGGUUAUUUCCUGGCUGAUGGAGCUGACAUUCUGUGGAACCAGACUUUGCGUCAGGCCUGGGAUCUUCUCUGUCACCAUCUGGUGGUAGUCAGCUGCCUCAGCACCGCCAUUCUGUCCAGUCACUACGUGGGCUUCUCUGCGGUGUCUCUGCUCCUGGAGCUGAACUCGGCCUGCCUGCACCUGCGGAAAUUGCUGCUGCUUUCUCGAAAAGCCCCAUCCCUGGCUUUCAGCAUGGCCAGCUGGGCCACUCUGGUCACUCUAGUCCUCUUUCGCCUAGUGCCCCUAGGGUGGAUGUGUCUGUGGCUGGCCCGGCAGCACCGAGAGGUGCCUCCUGCCCUGGUUGUCCUUGGUGUCGUGGGACUGUUCACUGUCGGGAUCAUGAGUAUCGUACUGGGUGUCCGAAUUCUGAUCAGCGAUGUCCUGAAGUCUCGACCUCACCUGUCCGUGUCCGGGCACAAGAAAAUUCCAGGUAUGGGGGCCUGUUGUGAUGGUGAGCGUGUCGCCAGAGAUGUGUCCGCUUUUAGCAUGAGAGACUAG